GCUGUUGGCAAGGUACAGUCUUGCAAAAUUUUGCCUCCAAAAGAUUCCUGCAAUGAUACAAAAUAUGGCUUUGUUAAAUUUUAUACUUGGAAAGAUGCUUUAAAAGCUAUUGGGGAAUAUGAUGGAUUGUGUCUUGGUAGUGAAGAGAAACUUCGCGUUAGAGUUGCGCACAGAAGACGGGAUGACGAUUAUUUUUCUCGCGAUGAAGAAUACAGUUCAUCGGAUGGAACUGCCAAAGAUAAUCCAAACAAUGGACAAUCUCCUUUUGAUGAAUGUCAUAAAGUGGGUGGAAAAAAUGUUUGUGACCAAAGUUUAGGCCGCUUAAAAGGAGAAGCAAACUACAAAAAUAGCGACCAAAAUUCUUGCAUACCACAACAACUGUCAAACGUGAUCAAGAGUGAGUCGAUCAUGAAUGAGGAAUUAUUUCCUGAGGCUAAUAAUGGAUCUGCAGCAACACCGCGGAUAAUGAUGCCUUGUACAUGCUGUGACAAAUUGUGCAAACAACGGUGUUCUGCGUGUAAGGCACCGUACUGCAGUAGGGAAUGCCAAAAGAUCGACAGAGUACGACAUAAACUUGUGUGUACCUAUCAGAAUAACUCUAAACCUGCCAAGUCAGAGGUAAAGGUUCCAGUAGCAACAAACGGACCCAUGUCUGCGCCUGACGAUCUUGAUAAUGAUAGUGACUUUGACUGUAUUGAUAUUUCAUUGGAGUCCUCAACUUCAAGGAAAGCCAAGCCAAAUACAGAACAGCGAAAUGACGGUGAUGUUUCCCUCGAUAGUUCUUUUUGUCAGGAUUCGGGUGUUGUAAUAUCAAGAGAAUCUCCUUGCGAAGAGCUUAAUUCUGAUCCAAGGGUGGCAACUCAUACAGCGGAUAUCAACGUCAUAAUGGCUUCAAACGUACCUAAUGAUGUAUUACCCUCUACAAUAGCCUUUGAUAUUGUAGUAUGCUAUUUCUUGACACCGAACUCAUUUUGGAUUUGGUUCAUGAACACUGCUAAAGAAUUGUUUAUUCGACUUACUUCCCUGCUUAAUGAAACUUACGAGAAGUCCACGUAUUCAGAAUAUAUGCCAGUCACCGGCCAACUGAUCGCCGCGAAAUUUAAUGACGAUAUUUGGUACCGUGCCAAGGUGAAUUGUGUCAAUAAAGAUUAUACCAUCAACGUUACUUUUAUUGAUUUCGGGAACACUGAGAAUAUAACUGUGUACAAUUCUCGAAAGAUCACGGAAGCCUUAGCGCUGAUUCCUAGACUUGCGACCAAGUGUUCUCUGCAUACAAUCGAAGAGCCGACUCAUAAGUGGCCAACAGAUACUCUUCAUUUCUGUAAUGAAUUGAUGUUGAAUAAGAAGGGCUCAGCCAUACUGCAUGAAAGCGUUCAAGACUCAUUAGUGCUGGAGAUCAAUGUGGAAAUUAACGGUGUAAUGCGUUCAGUCGUUGAUGAGAUUGUCAACCAAGGGCAUUUAAUUUUAGACAAAAUUACAACGCCGGAUUCUGUUAGGCACGAUUUACCUAAAGGGGAAAUUCCAUCCAAAGAAGAACCCGUCACGGGUCAGCACUUUCCUGCUGGCGAUAAAACACCUAUUUUGCGUAGCAACAAACCUUGUUUUCCCGACAAAGAGACUACUCUACCUUUAAUCCAGCCUAUUUCUCCAAGCUGUAACAAACUGUCUUACAACAAGACCCAAUCGUUACCUUCCCACUGCCCAACAACAACAGGAGGAAAACCUGUGGUUUUUAGCAACCUGCCUGGUGACGUAAGCAACAUUUCACUUUCCAAGCAAGCGAUUUCAUGCAGCAGCUCUGUUUUCCCCGCAGGCAAACAUUCCACCAUCACGCCGGAGAUACCCGUCAAAUAUCCUGCAGCACUUUCUGUUCCUAAUAGUAUGCGCAUUCUACCUGAUGAUUACAGCACCGCAGAGCCAACACCGCCAAUUUCCCUUGGUAGUCAGAAAUUUGGACUGCAAUCCGCAGUGCCAAGUCCGAAAAAUGUCUCUCCUGAGCAGAUGGUAUGCCAAAAAGUCCUUCCUAUUCCCACCUUGCCGAGUACACCAUUUGACGUAAUUGUAAACGAUGUUUCCACGACAGAACGAUUUUACGCACAAAUGAUUGACCCAUCGUUAGUAAGGCAACUGCACAAGUGUGUGCGGAAAUUAAACGAAUAUAUCAGAGAAAACCAUCCUCCGGAAAAGAAGAAUGUAAUUGUUGGUUCCUUGGGUUGUGCCAAAUUCUCCCAAGAUAAUAUUUGGUAUCGUGCUCAAGUUGUUGCAAUGAAGGAGGCAAGUUACCGAGUUAGAUUUAUUGAUUUUGGUAAUGUUGAAGAUGUAAAUCCACUGGAAUUUUUCGAAGGCCCGGAGUCCUUUUUUAAGUUGGCGCCUCAAGCGAUAUGUUGUCGUCUGGUUACCAGUGGCCGUUUUCGGGCGGACCAAAGCAGUAAUAUGAUGAAAGCGUUAACAUUAAAUAAACAGUUUUCUUGUAUUGUUGUUGGAGAUGUAUCAUGUCCUGAAAUAUCUGUAAAAUUGCUCUCUUCCGUUGGUGGCCGAGUAGUGGAUACUACAGAAGAACUGGACAAAUGUAUCAAUCUUAAGAAUUAACCAAAUUGUGUUUGUAACUCUUGUAACAUAUGGUUACUAUUUAUUUCGUUGUUCCUUUUUGCGUAUAUAGGUUGCAAAAAUCACUACGGGACGGCAACUGAUGCCUCUGGCCACAAGCUAAUCUGCGUACAAAAAUCAAUUAAUCAUAAGCCAAAUUCUCGACAUUUGCAUGACAAAACUGAGUUGUCAUCUCCAGCAUUCCCUACAUAUAACUAUAGCAGUUGAAAUUCUGUUAUUUCUAUGCAGGUACGCGAUUAUUUUUCUGUUCUAUUGGGGUAUUAAUUUCGCGCCUUUAGACCUAUUAGUAUACCAUGGGUGCCAGAGGUUUUUCCACGCUCGCAAAAAAACCACAAAUACUAUUUUCCAGGCGUCAGCAAUCAUUUAAGUUUCCCACAAAAAAACUUUCUGUUUUACCAACAAAUUGAAUCAAAACUAUUAAUAUUCUUGUAUGUUUGCAUGGUGACAGUCGAUAAGUAAUUUAGCUUGUAGGUACACAACGUAAGUAUUUAAUACUGCAAAGCUUUCGGUCCGUUAACCCGGGCCUUCAGCAGUGUAUAUCUUUGCUGUUCAUUCAUAGCAAAGCAAACAGAACAUAAGACAUAAGAACAUAACCAUGUUACAAAAAUGUUCGAGCAUGUUCGUCUUAGAACAUAAGACGAACUGCGAGAAAGGUAAACUGGAUAAAUCUGCUGUAGCUCACCAUGCAUGCGUGGACUUAUGAUCAUCGCAGUAAAUGGAAAGAUGCAAGCAUUUUAGCGAAUGAUAAGCAGUCUCUCGUGAAAUAAGUUCAUAAUAAUUUCAUAAUUAUUUGGUAAGUGAAACCGUUUAAUUAUUGGCGCGAGCUAACAAAUCACGACUAACGUGAUAUGUAUUUAAGUGACGGUUAAAUGUGUAUUUAGGUUAUCGCACUGAUGAAAGCCCGGGUUAACGGACCGAAAGCUUUGCAGUGUCAAAUACGUACAUGGUGUACC